CGGAAGGUUUUAGUGGAUGGACGACGGACAACUAGCUAGUUAGCCGCCGCUGGAAACAAACCCGGACUCCAAGUCAAGUUCUCAUGUUACCCAGUGAAACCCUGGCUGUAUUCGGUGACCCACGUAGCAGAACUUCUCAUUUCUGUUUAUUUUUUGUUUUUUGCCUUUUUAAUUAAGCGGUUGAAAGUUCUGUGUUAACGAUGGGAGUACCGAAAUUCUACCGAUGGAUUUCCGAGCGCUACCCUUGUCUCAGUGAAGUUGUCAAGGAACACCAGAUUCCAGAAUUUGACAAUCUCUAUCUGGACAUGAAUGGCAUCAUCCACCAGUGUUCCCACCCCAACGACGAGGAUGUCCACUUUCGCAUCUCAGAGGAAAAGAUUUUCGCUGACAUCUUCCACUACCUGGAGGUUCUCUUCAGGAUCGUCAAGCCUCGCAAGGUCUUCUUCAUGGCUGUGGACGGGGUGGCGCCAAGGGCAAAGAUGAACCAGCAGAGAGGGCGCAGAUUCAGGUCCGCCAAAGAAGCAGAGGACAAGAUAAAAAAAGCGCUGGAUAAAGGAGAGGUGCUUCCCACAGAGGCUCGCUUCGACUCCAACUGUAUCACUCCUGGCACUGAUUUCAUGGCGAGACUUCAGGAACAGCUCAAGUAUUUUGUCCACAACAAGCUUUCCACUGACAAGAUAUGGCAGAAUGUCAAAGUCUACCUUUCUGGCCAUGAGACACCAGGGGAGGGAGAACAUAAGAUCAUGGAGUUUAUUCGGUCUGAAAAUGCAAAGCCGGGUCACAACCCCAACACCCGACACUGUCUGUACGGUCUGGACGCUGACCUGAUUAUGCUGGGUUUGACCAGCCAUGAGCCAAAUUUCUCCCUUCUCCGAGAGGAAGUCCGCUUUGGAGGGAAGAAAUCCCAGAAAAGGAUAACAGCUCCAGAGGAGACAACGUUUCACUUGCUUCACUUAUCUCUGAUGAGAGAGUACAUAGACUACGAGUUCUCUGGGCUCAAGGAUCACAUGGGCACUAAUUAUAGCUUGGAGCGAGUAAUAGACGAUUGGAUCCUCAUGGGCUUCCUAGUAGGAAACGAUUUCAUCCCUCACCUCCCUAAUCUUCAUAUCAAUCACGACGCUUUACCGUUACUGUACAGGACGUACAUCAGCGUACUACCCAGCAUUGGAGGCUAUCUGAAUGAGAAUGGCCACCUAAACCUCAGAAACUUUGAAAAGUACCUGGAAAAGCUUGCUGAGUUUGACCGGGAGCAUUUUAGCGAGGUGUUUGUGGACCUGAAGUGGUUUGAGAGUAAAGUCGGGAACAAAUAUCUGAACGAGGCUGCAGGACUGGCAGCAGAGAAGGAAGCCGCCAGCAAAGACACCAACAAGAAAGAAGACUCAUCCCUCUGUCUGGAAGCUCUGUCCUCAUCAGAGGAUGGUGUGGUCGGAGAAGGAAAAGGAGCAGAGGAUGAGGAAGAGGAGGACGAUAUGUUUGAAACGGAGUUCAGACAGUACAAGCGCACAUACUAUAUGACCAAGAUGGGCGUGGAUGUCGUGUCCGAUGAGUUCCUAGCCAAGCAAGCCAAAUGUUAUGUGGAAGGUAUCCAGUGGAUUCUCCACUACUAUUACCAUGGAGUCCAGUCCUGGAGCUGGUACUACCCCUACCACUAUGCUCCCUUCCUGUCUGACAUCAGGAAUAUAUCUGACUUAAAGUUGACCUUUGACCUUGGCAAACCCUUCAUGCCCUUCCAGCAGCUGUUGGCAGUCCUGCCUGCAGCCAGCAUGGAGCUGCUGCCUGAGUGCUACAGGCACCUGAUGACCAGUGAAAACUCGCCCAUUAUUGAGUACUACCCUCCUGACUUCAAGACUGACCUGAAUGGCAAGCAGCAGGAAUGGGAAGCCGUGGUGCUCAUUCCAUUCAUAGAUGAGAGGUGCUUACUAGCAGCCAUGGAGCUCAACAAUGACAAGCUGACGAAAGAGGAGAAGGCCAGAAAUCGUCACACAGAGUGUGCAGUCUACACAUGGGACGGUGAAGUAGACUUCACAUAUGCCUCCGCUCUACCUCAGCUAUUCCCUGACAUCAUCCACUGCCAUGUCAGGAAAGCCGACAUCCCAAUGGAUGCUUGGCAAGUGCCAUUAGACCACGUCAGCAGGCCUAUUGACCGCUCAGCGCUGUACUUCUGUGGCUUCCCAACCCUGCAACACAUCAAACACAAGUUCUAUAAGAAGAAGAGCGGGGUGGUCGUAUUCCAGCAAAGUAGCAGAGCAGAAAACAUGAUUCUGGAUAUCAUCCCCAGCGAAGAGGAAACGAUAUGUGAUCACGUUGCUGCACAAGUUCUGGGGAAGCCUGUGUUUGUCAACUGGCCCCAUCUAGAGGAAGCUCGUGUUAUUGCAGUGUCAGAUGGAGACACCAAGUUUUGUCUAGAUGAGCCGCCGGGUGUCCAGCGAGUCUACGACAGGCCGUCCACUCCCCCUCCCACCAGAGUCACCUGUCUGUCUGACAAGGAGCAGAAAGACUGGGUGAAAGACGUUAUCGGAAUCACAGAACAUUUCAUGAAGAGAAAAGGCAUCGUGAUUAAUGAGACAUCGGUGGUUUUGUACGGCCAGCUGCUGACAGGAAGGAAAUACGUCCCCAAAGCCAAUGGGGUGGUGGAACUGGAGAAGCAGUGGGCCAAACAGGUCCUCCCCUUCGCCUUCCAGACUGUCGUUAAGGAUAUCAAGGCCUUUUACUCCUCUCUGACCUCCUUUACAAGCUUAGAAGAGCUCUUUCCUCCAACAACAACCGUCUUCAUGGUGGGAAACCCGUACUACGGUGCCAUGGGAGAGGUGCAAGAUUCCAGUGAUGUCAUCAAAGACGGUCGAGUACGAGUGGUCUUCAACGUGCCACAUGAGCCACAGCUGGAUACUUUAAUCCAGAACCAACACAAAUACAGCGUGAAGUACAGCCCUGGAUACAUUCUGGCCUCUCGACUGGGCAUCACCAGCUACCUGGUCUCCCGCUUCUCUGGAAGCAUCUUCAUCGGCAGAGGCUCAAAGAAGAAUCCCUGCGGGGAGCAGAAAUCUAACGUUGGCCUGAAUCUGAAGUUCAGCAAGAAGAACGAGGAGGUGCCUGGAUACACCAAGAGAACUGAAAAAGAGUGGCUCUACUCAGCUGCUGUGGAGGAGCUGCUCUCUGAAUACCUGGACAGGUUUUCAGAGGUAUUUACCACGGUGUCCAGAAACAGUCAUGAUGAUGUUUUCUAUGAAGAUGACAUCUGGCCUGGAGAGGACCAGAACGGGGCGGAGAAGGUGGCCGAAAUCACCUCGUGGUUGAAAAGCCACCCAGUCAGCUCCAUCAGCAGGUCGUCGUGUGACCUCCAAGUGCUGGACUCGGCCAUUGUGGAGAAGAUCGAGGAAGCAGUGGAGAAGGCUAAGGUGAAGAAGAGCACCAAGAAAGUCCGCGUGACAGUCAAGCCUCAUCUCCUCUUCAGGCCCUUGGAGCAGCAGCAAGGCGUAGUUCCAGACCCGGACGCGGAGUAUCGCCUGUUUGACAGAGUCGUCAACACCAGGGAGAGUUUCACCGUUCCACUCGGCCUCAGAGGGACAAUCAUCGGCAUUAAAGGAGCUGACCGUGAGGCAGAGGUUCUGUACGAGGUGCUGUUUGAUGAAGAAUUUGCUGGAGGCCUCAACAUCAGGUGUACGUCACCUCGUGGUUACCGCCUUCCUCCUUGCGCUCUGAUUAACAUGUCCCACGGGUCCCGAGUAGAUCACACCUCCCACAAACUCACUGCCAUCGUCAAACCUCAGCCUGCCUCUGGCGCCAACUUCAACUCCCACCGCCAGAUGUCGGGCCUCAACCACUCGCCGCGUUCACCUUUUGUACCCACACAGCAUAACAACAAACAUGGCGUGGUGAAGGCUGCCUCCCAGGGCAACAGGAACUCUCCCUCUAAAGGUCCCGUCCAGAAACAACAAGCCAUGAAUAAAGAGGAGUACAGCAAUGUGUGGCAGUCUCUGCAGAACACAGGCCCUCCCAACAAACCUCCUGCUCACUGGCACAAUAACGAAGGACAUUCCCAACAGGGGUACAAUCAACAUGACAACAAGGCUACCCCAGCUGGGAGCAUCAGACUGUUGAAGAAAAAUGAAGACCCCAACGCCCUUUUCCCCUCACAGGAUACACCUAACAAGGCGAUGACUGAAUUUGAGGACCUCAUAGCCAGUCUAAAGAUCUCCAAAGGUAGCCAGCAAACCCCACCCCCUCCCGCUCCUCCACAACCACCUACCACCCAGUCGGACGGUCCCUUGUCUCCGCAGUCCUUCGCCAUGAAGGGAACUCUGGUGCUGAAGGAGAUGCUUAAGAUUGACAGCACUGCAACAGGAAGUCCAUCUCCCCAAGAGAUGGCAAACAGCAGCCCGUCUGAUGGCCAGCAGCAGAACAGGAGACGGUCGUCCAAGAAGCUAGCUGCAAAGAUGAACUCUCCUCAUGAUGACGCAGCCGUAUCACCCUCUCCAGCAUCUGCUGCUAACCCUGUCCUGACCAGUAAGGUGUCCGAGCUGGCUUGUGUUUGUGCAGGAUUGGGUAUGGCGCCACCAGACUUCAGCUUCAUACGCAACAGACAGGGUUUCCUGGUGUGCCAGGUGAAGCUGUCCAAUGGGUUGAUGGUUCAUGGUCCACAGUGCCAGUCAGAAAACGAGGCCAAGGAGAAAGCAGCCUUCUUUGUCCUCCAAAGACUGAACUCAGUGGGCUCGGGCUUCCCUCUCCCACCUCCUCUGUACCCAGGAGUGGGGCAGAUACGACCUCCGAACAUAGGAGCCAUGGCUUCUGUCUUCAACCAGCAAGGUGGUUUGCUGCUGCCUCCCCAGGCUUACGGCCCUCCUCCUCUGUGGGGAAUGGCGCUGCCUCCCCACCACCAGAACCAGCCGUUCUUUGGAGCAGCAGGGACCUUCCCUGGAGCCGCCCGCCCCCAGCCUGCAACAACACUGCCCAUCGGUUCACACAACCAGUUCAUCCCCUUACAGGUGACUAAGAAGCGAGUGUCAGCCAACAAAAAGAACCAAGAAACCCGAGAGUUUUACAGCGCCGCCCACACUGUCGCCAGGAACCAAUCACAGAGAGCCCAUAACCAGCCCUCUGGCCAGUCGCAAGGCCAGAGUGAACCUCAGAGCGGUAAAACCCACCAGCAACACCAACACGCCACCAAGAACGAGCCCAGCCCAGCACCUUCCACGAUGACAGCAGCCCCGCACACGCCACCUCGACAAAACGCCCCAGCGACAGGCCACACCCCCGGCUCCGCCUCCAAGAAGAAGCACAGGAAGCUGGCCGUCAACUUUGAGGCGGCUAAGGUGUCAGAGUGAUAAGUGUGUGUGUGGGGGGGGGGAGACACAGGGGUGUGUGGGGUUUCUAAGUUGCCGUCGUGUAGCCCGACUCGCCAUCCCUGGUCAAAACCCCACAAUGCGAACGUUCCUCUUCAGCCUACGUUUGAGAAUAGAGAGCAGCUUCAGCUGGCAUCAUCCCCCUCUGGGAUGGUUAUUACGGCCAGUCUGAGCCCACAGGCUGCUGUGGAAAAUGGGUGCACUCUGAGAUGCAGCCAUACUUCUUUUAUUUCUUUUUUCUUGCAUCUUUUCUUAAAGACAUGAGAUUUGUGAACUGAGGUUUUUAUUUCAUUAAAUAAUAUUGCUCAUUACAGCAAAUGUAAAGGGGAAGUUAGGUUUAUUGCAGCCAGCCUUUUAUCUUUGUAGCUCUGGCUCUUCUGUCAGCUUUAUAGACCGUUCACUGUGGAGGUCACGGAACACGGCACCGUUUGAAACUUGGCCCGAGGGUUGUCACAACAGGGGAAAGCCCAGGUGUGAAUGACCCCGAGGUGGGAACAGCCACUUUCAUGCACAUAGAAACACGGCAGAAGUGAGUAACACAACCUUAUGCUCCAGUUUUAUCACUCGAACGCCGCCUCCCACCUAUCACCAUCACUUGUCAGAAGAUGUAUUUAAACAUUUCAAAUAUUAACAUGAAAUGUGUGACAUGAGUCAUGGCAUGUUAGUCCUAAGCAGCUCUUUUCUCUAUGUCGCCACCCAUGUAAGGGACACAGCUGUCAAUGUGUUGUUUAAAUACUUGCAGCAAAGAAUCAUGUAGCAUCCACGUUUCUACAUUCUGACUUAAAGGAAUACAAACACACACAAAUCAAAGAAUUAACAUACAUAAACGAUGGCCAUCAGAGUAGCACAGUGCUGGAAAUGAAUGAAGCAUGUACACCUGUGCUUUCCCUGCUGUGACAAGACCACAUGUUUACCAUGAAAUAGACUGAACCCACAGGCAAGUCGGACGUUCCUAAUAGAAGAAUCCUUUUUAUAAACCUGUUCAUUGAUUUCCCCAUUAUAGAUUCCAUUGUUUUGAAUUGGACUAAAUUUUUAACCAAAUUAACGUUUGGGUUCUUUAGUGUCAGCCACUUAGAACGUACCCAACUCACCGCCGCCUACGACAAGGAAAAGCAUAAAAACUAAGCUGAAAACGGCAAAUGUGAGAUGUCAAACAAGUCUGUUCCCAUAAAUUACCGUGGAGUACUCACAGGUUUUGGACUCUUGUGGGUUCUGCUGUGGUGGGCUCACAUUGCUGUUGUCUUUGUUCCCAUAUCUCUACAGUCACUGAUAGAAGCGAUGGCCAGAGCUCCAAGUGGCAGUAAACCCACAUUUUCUUUAACUUGCUUUGAGCAGAGGAACAUAGAGGAGGAACAUCUCUACAUACAAGCAAAUGUGAAAAAACAAUCGGACUAAAUUUUAUUUACGAAGAUUAAGAAUGCGUAGUCGUGAAGGAGACGUGUUGGGGUGAAACGCUGCCUUAAAUUUCUUCCCUUAACUGAAACCAGCAUGCUGAAACCAACCAGAGGAAAAUCUGAGAGCAGAUUUUUUUGUAAUAUACAGUAUGAUACUUCUUAUUUCUUUGACUUGUCUCCCAGCUCAUUAUGUCAGUCUGUUGUUGUAUGUCUGCAGCAGGGAGGCAGGACAGACGCUGCUGUCAUCCUAGCUCUGAAGGACGCUUCAUUCUAACGUUGACACAAAAGCAUUUUAGAUCUUUAAAAAAAAAAAAAAAAAGAAAACUCCCACAGAUCUACUCUGGAUCUUAAUACUCAUUGUAACUAUAGCACAUGCAGGCCUCAGAUGUACAGUACAUGUUUUAGAAAACUAGUUUGAAUGCAUAUGAUACUGGAGUGUUGCUGUGUGUUGUAUUAAUCGAGCAGUAAUAAGACGCUGCUAUCAUGGCUGUUUGCAUCACAACACAUCAGUGAGAUUGACGGGGCCCCACACUGACGAGCUGUCUCUUUCAACAUUUCUUUGGUGUCCACUGCCUUUUAUUUCUUUCAGACCCGCAGCGUUUUACACUUUUUAUGGUUGGACAACCUUCAAAGUGCAGACUGAACUCACACUGCCUGCAGAUACAGCAGAAUUCUGACCCCACACACACGCGGAACAUUUGGUUCUGUGCUGCAGAGCUGUUAAACACCAGCACAUGACCUGGAUUCCACCUGCACUAAGGUUAGCGGGUCAUUUUAGUUUUAGAAAACAGUCUGUGUUGGAUCUUCUUUUCGGUUCUGAUGGACCUGCAGGAACUUUUCACUGCCAGAUUCCAGUUCCUGCUAAUGUUUGAUUUCUACUAAACCAGUCAAGGUCCACGCAGUGUUUGUAAAGUGGACUGAUGAACCCGUACUACUCCACUGAUUAAGUCCAAGGCCAUGACUGUGAAUGUCUUGUCUUUCCAUCCAGAAGUAUGGAAUGGAAUAUUAUUAUUGAAGCAUGCCAAAUCACUAAAAAAUGGAAAUCAAAUUGGAAAUGUAUAGCGAGGGAACAGCGUUAGUUUUCCACCAGUGGAUAUGAUUUUAUUUGUGAACGUGGAAGCUCUCAGAAUUAAUACAGUUUAUUCUUCACAUUGCCAAAAAAAAAAAAAAAAAGAUGCCAAUCAACACUUUGUUUUUUUUAGAUUUUUGGGGAAUAUGUGGAACUAUUGGCUGGUGUUACAUACAGUAUCAUUUCUAUUUGCCAAACCUUUUAAUUUCACUGUUAUUUAUAGACCAGAUGAGUGGGCCGUAGGACUGACAGCCUCACACAGCUCAUCACAGAUGAGCUUCCUGUUCAGCUUAAUCUGUGAAAUGUGGAUUUACUUAUUUUUCAAGCUGUUGUAUGUGUAAUAGCAAAAAAAAAAAAAAAAAACACUUCAGUCUUACAUGUUCCCACCAUGGCGAGUAAUCAUUUGAAAGUUCUACGUUGGUGUUUUUCUAAAGCUGUUUUAAAUCCUGGCCUUUAUUAUCCACCUCCACACAUCAGGACUUCGUUAUACAAGCAUACAUAUAAAAUCUCUUCAUUUUAAAGGCUUUCUUUUUCAAACUAUGAAUUUUAUGGACACCCUUUUUAUAGAUACCCUUGGGGUCUUUUUGUAAGCAAUCUAAUUAUUGUUUCAGUAAUGUCUGUGGGAUAAGCUGCAGUGAUGGCAGCAGCCGUAGCAACACAUAAAAUGGCUUUGAGGAACGCAGCCUACACUAUGUUAUUAGUUUUUGUUUUAAGGCUGACAUUGUAACCCUGGGACUGAAGUCUUUAAGGCUCUGGUGCAAUAAGGGGAGGUUUUAAAACUUCGGAAAUUAAAGCACACCUGGUGUAUAUCUGUUUUUUGUUUUGUUUUGUUUUUGUGUUUUGUUUUCUGGAAAAUGAAACACAGGAGAUAAAUCUGAAUAUGAAUAGAUAAUGACUUACUGUUUUGAUUCAGGAAUGUGCUGUACAUAUCCAUUUAAUAAAAUGAACCUUUUGUUACAAAA